ACUCAAAAGAAAUAUGGCGAACUAAAAAAAAGCCAAGCUGAAAACUUGAUUUUACGAGCUCGUUUAUUACUUAUAUUUCACAAGUACCCAUUCAUAAUUCCCUUCCUUAAUAGAUGAAAAUAGUUUAUCAAAUAUUUUUUAAUGAUUGAUCAUUAUAAGGCACAAACAUGAGUGAGCGUUACCGAGAUUAUAAAGGGUCAUCUCGAUCGUCGCGUGAUGAUUCUAGGAGGUAUGCUGAGAGCUAUGGACGAAAGACGCGGUCCAGGUCGAGGUCUCCGACGCGAAGGCAUUCACGGAGCCCAUAUAGGAAGUCGCCAGAUAUUAGAAGUCGAGACAGAGAAACAUAUUAUGAAGAAAAACAAAAGCACUCACCUGAAUCAUGGGAUUCUGAUGAAGAAGUCCCAGCGCCGCCGCCUCCACCACGCAUUAGCAAAAUAUCUAUUGGAUUCACAAAGCCCAAGGCACCAAUUAAGAUGUCGCUAGGUGGGUCGUCAAAACCUGUACCAAUGGUUGUGCCUAAGCCGACAGUAGCAUCAGUUUUCAACACUGAUGAUGAUGAUGAGCCUGAAGAAAUGCCAGCUGAAGCUCGAAUGAGAAUGAGAAAUAUUGGCAGGGAGACGCCAACAUCCGCAGGACCAAAUUCCUUCGGUAAAACAAAACAAGGCUUCUGUGAUGCAAAAAAGGUGUUUGAGAAAAACCUCAAACAAGCCCUUGAAACGGCUGAAAAGCCAGACUUCACAAAGUUACCCAAAACUAUAUAUAAACUACAAGGGCCAUAAACAAUUUGAAUUUAUUAGUGUAGGCUUGUUUAUUAUUUAGGCAUGCUAAGUUUGCUGCAUGAAGAUUGUAGUAAUCUAUUUUUAUAUUUCAAUAAAUUUUUUGACAAGUAGAGAUCUAAUACAAUAAGAUCAAGCAAUGUAUUAUAACCCUUUUACUUCCAUGUAGUAGUAAUUGAAUAUUAUUUGUAAUAAAAUGCCAUUCUAUAUUAUAAUUAUGUCCAUUUUACAAGCAUGUUUUAUUCAAUAGAAAUCAAAGUAGGUACCAAUUUUAUUACAUGAUGCAAUCUGCCAGUUUAUAUUGUUUGUCUUCUAAAAUUAUUUUCUGUCCCUAGACAGAUUUAAUUAUGUUUUAUAACUAAUCAGGAAAUUUUUAAUCUUCAAUUAACAUGCAGUUAAAUUUUUUUACAAAAAUAUUCAAAAAUAGAUUUUUGCAAUACCUGGUUCUGUUCAAGACAAGACAAAUGGAAUACCUAUCAAUAAAUUUAAAAAAGAUAAAUAGCUCUCGAGAAAUUGAUAUUUUUAUAGUAACCACUCAGAAAAUUGUUGCAAUACCUAGAUGUUUUUGCAAAAUAGAGAAGACAGAGUGAAAAUGUGUUAACUAAUUCAAAUUCAAAUUUGAUUUGUGAUUCACAGGUUAUAAGGGUUAUGAACCUUAUGUAAAAAUGAAAAUAAUAAAAUGAAUAUCAAAAUGCUCUCAUGUUUUACUAAAUGGUACUCCAUUGUUUUGUAUAAUUCUGUACAUUGAAAUUAAAAAAUUUUAGCUGAAUUAA